UUGUUCCAUUAAAACACUAUAUUCCACUUUUCCAUUUCAAUUUGAUUUAGCCCUAAUUUAUCCAUCUCCCCUUUUGGUUCGUCCCUCAGCCUUCUCUUCCUCUCUGCUAUCUCGAUCUGCUCCGUCUUGAUCUCUCACGCUCGAUCUCCAUUACUUUAGCUCAUCGUAGGCUCUCUCUCUCUCAUCCCUCUCUCUCCACCACCAUUUCUCAGCUGAAGCAAUUCUUCCACCUGCGUUUCAGAGGCCGUUUUUCCAUCUGAAAAACCUCCAUCUAAACGAUCUCAAUCUCCGAUUCCCUAUGAGGUAACUCUCUUCGUCCUGCCCGUCCCGUCCCUUCUGUUUCAUAGAGUUAUCCGGCGAUAAACAAGAUGGAUCCCCUAGUUCAGUCACUAAGUCAAUAGUGUAUCCGGUGAACAUCACAUUCCCCCUUCCCUAACUGGUGUAGCAAGUGAACCCCCAAUUAACGGAAGUACCUCAAUUUCAAAUUCUCUCUCUUCCCCUCACGGAUCCUACUCAUCCUCUCUCUCUUGUUGUCUAUUAUAUCCAUUGACUUCAAAGCCUCGAUUGCGAUCGUUUCACAUUUCAGGAAGGAUAAAUAAUAAGUUAACAAUGAAACGAACGGUUAGUGAAGUGGAAAAAGUGAGUGAACAAAAUACCAAAGCUUCAACUUCAAAAUCAUCCCAACCACCGCCGAAGAAGAGACGGGGUCCAACACGAUGCAAAAAUAUCAUAGACGCGAAAACCUUAUUACCUUUAAGGGUUAAUAAGUUUGGACAGCCGAUCGGUCCUGGGAGUGGUACAUAAACUAAUUAUCUGGGAACACUUGCCCGAAAGGGUGAAUUAGCUCCUUUGUGCUACAAAACUUGGUGGGAGAUGCCUAAACAGCUGAAGGAGGAUAUGUGGAACAUUGUAAAGGGAAAAUAUGAUGUGGGAAUCAUGACAAAACAGUGGACAAUAUCCUCCAUCGAAAAAAAAUAGAAGGGGUACAAGUGUGAGUUAAAAAAUCAAUACUACUCAGUUAGGGAUACAGAUGAAGAAAGAUUGGCAAACCUACCACCUAAUGUUGAAAAGGAGCAUGGGGAAUUUUUGGUUAGGCAUUGGGGUACGCCUAUGGCGAAGAAGGUUAACAAAAAAAAUAAAGAACGUCGUGGGAAGCAGACAAUGAUGCAUACUACAGGGACAAAAAGCUUUGCACGUAUUUCUGCCGAGAUUGAGGAAGACGAAGGUAUUCAGCUUUCUCGUGCAGAUUUAUUCAUCCGCACACAUGUAAAUAAGGAUGGCAAAGCUACUGAUGCUGCUGCUUCGGAGAUGAUUGAAAAUAUAAGAGAACUUCCAAAAAGUUACUCUGACUCGCCUAUUGGCAGCUCCAAUGAUUUGUUCUCCAUUGUGAGGGGAGAAGAGAGAACUGGUCGUGUGCGGAUGCUUGGCUUCGGGCCUACACUAAGCGAUGUUUGGGGGCCCUCUCCUAGUAAAGCUGAACUGAUUAAUAAUGCUAAAAAAUCUCAGGAGGAGGCACGCGCUACACAUGUAGAGUUGCAGGAGACGAUUUCAAAAAUGCAAGCCGACUAUGACAACAAGUUGGAAAAUUUACGAGCCAACUACGACGACAAGUUGGAAAAUUUACAACAACAGGUGGCUAUGUUAAUGUAGAUGCAACAACAAAAUUAUAGUGGACAGGUAUAUUUAUUAUUAGUUUUACUAUUUACUAAAUAUAUGUUUACUUAUGCCAAGAUUUCAUGUAUUUUGUUUUGUUAUUUUGAAGGAUUCUGAUUCUUUAAAUGCUCCUCCUAGAGUAUCCCCAAAUCCAUUUUCUAGUCGUGAUGCCAAUUCAGUUAAGGUUAUGAAUUUUUAAUUUCUCUUAUAUAUAUGUUAAAUUUUUAUUUAUUAUAAUGUGCGCUUAAUGAAUUUAUAAAAAAUGUGGGGUAAUUCAAAUCAAAUGGGCAAGAAGACUUGUUGAAGUUGAAGAUGGGGUCGUGGCUGUGCUUUUUGAAUUUCCUUCGCCUUGGAUGGGUUCUUUUUGAAAAACUUGUACUACAUUUGUUAAAAAUUCUUAAUUCUUUUUGUGUGACAUUUAGUACCUUUAUCUAGACAAUUUGGAUGGUAUUUUCAUAUUGACAGGUUAACUUGUGGUUGUA